CAUCCCCUGCCUCCCGCUGUGCCCCACCCAGACACCACGGCCCAGCAGUGACGCCAUUCCACCUGCUACACGACGCUGGCUGACGCACUCCAGACGUGGCAGCAACAGGAGGUGGAGGGCAGGAGCAAGAGUCGGAUGGAUGGCGAAGGAAGGCAUGAUGGCGGAGCUGGUGGCUUUGGAGGGUGUUCGUGCAGGGUACCUCGGCAGGGUCUAGAUUAGAGCAAAUGGAUGAUGAGAGACUAGUAAGGUGUUUGUGUGGAAUAUUAGGAGUAGCAGUUGGGGGAACAAGUGUGUUAGGAUGGUAAUAAAGAAUGGCUUGGAAACUAGUUGUUGGGCUUUUGAGGGGUUGAGUGAAGCCUUGUUGAGAGUGAUGGAAGUAGGAUUGUCAGAAAUGGAGAGGGCUUACAAUGUUAUGUAACUAAGUGGACAAGUGAGAUAGACAGAGUGAUCAAGCACAUGGGACUGAGUGAGCCAAGUGUGGAAAUUCUGGGAUGGAGUGAGCCAGGUGUGGAAAAGUGUGGAAAUUGUGGGAUUGAGUGAGCCAUGUGUGGAAAUUGUGUAGAAAAGUGUGGAAAUAGUGUGGAGAAGGUGUGGAAAAAAUGUGGAAAUUGUGGGGUUGAGUGAGCCAGGUGUGGACAAGUGAGAUAGACAGAGCGAUGAAGCAUGUGGGGUUGAGUGAGCCAGGUGUGUGCGUCACUUGGGGAUGACUGUGAGCUAACCUGGGACCAAUGGUUGAUGACGCUCACUGAUGGAAUUAGAAGCUGCAUGAAUUGUUUAUGUAGAUUUUAGAAGCUGUCUCAAUUGUUUGUGUAGAUCUGAAGCACUUACUUUGAAUUGAAGGCUUGGACCAUGUAAUAUCUUUGUAAUUCUUCUGUAUCUCUGUCAUAAGUUCCUUAGAUAACUCACUACUGUUUUUGUCUCUAUAUAAUAAUAUGUACAUUUACUCAAACUGCAUUUCCUUUCAGUGUGCAGGUUGGCAGUAAACCUCCCUGAAGGUUCCAGAACUGCUCACCAAGUGUCCAGCCCAGCCUGUCACAAGACUAUGUGACAGUGGACCUUCCACUCAUACUGAAAACAGCUGUGCACUGCCACUCACAGGAAGUGGUGACCACUCUAGAUUGAGUUGUCUUGAAGCUGAGAUGAGUUGGUCGGGUAAUGAGUGACUUGCAUCAAGUGACCGUGAGGUGUUGGACGUGAUAUUGUGUUAUUGCAAGUGUAACCAGUAAUAAUUCACACAGCAAGAAGCCAAGGACCCACCGAGGCUGUCACUUGGAAGAGGUCAUUGUUGUUGCAUCCAGCAUCCCAGCCUGACUGCCUAGACAGGUCCCGCAGGUUGCUGAAUGGCAGAGAUGCAGGCUGCUCCACAGCAAGAUCAGCGUUCGACCGUUUCUCUAGGGGCAAGCGACACCUCCUGGUGGGGGACUUCAAAUCUGCUGUCGCUGCCUUCGAGGAGGCAACAGAGUCCCUGGUGGAGCUGUGUGGGGAGCAGGCGCCCGAGUGUGGUGACGCGUACUGCCGCUGUGGCCGUGCAUUGCUGGAGCUGGCACGCAAGGAGGCAGGGGUGCUGGGGCCAGAUCUGGAUGGUGCCAGUAGUCAGGAGGGAAGCACAGGGGAAGAGGAGGACGAGGAGGAAGAGAGUUAAGAGUCACAAGAGGAGGAGGAAGGUGGAAAGAAAGAGGAAGGAGAGGAGGAGGAGGAGGAGGAGGAAGAUGGAGAAGGAAAGGAGAAAGAUAAGAAGGAAGGAAAUGCUGCAGAAGGAGAAGAUAGAAAUCAAAAACGUCACAAGACAGAAUAGUGAGCUGCAUGCACUUAUCACAGAGUAUAAAGUCACUCCCUCAGAGGAAAAAGACAAGGAUGGCAUGUCUUCAUGUGAGAACUCAGAAGCUAAAUGUACAGAUACCAAGGGGAAAUUGCUGGGUCAAGUGGCUACACUGACAUCUGAGGUUAGCAGGUUGGAGAGUGAGUGCAGCAGUCUUCAGGUUCAGCUAGACUGUGAGAGGGAUAAGUAUAACAAACUGCUGGGAGAAUCUCUUGCUCAUGAAAAGUUGUCUGAAGAUGUCAUAACUGAACCAAAAGGUGAAACAACAGGAUUGGGAGGAACUGAGCUUUAACAGAAGCUGCAACAACUGCAGGAGGCUCACAGGGUCCUGGAGAGCAGGUUAACUUGCAGCAUGAAGGAGGUGGCUGAGCUAAGUGACAGGAAUUAGCAGCUUAAGCAUGCUGUAGUGCAUGAGGAGACAGAGUCCAUCGGUGUAUGCAUGUUUUUUGCUCAUUUGAAUCAUCUGUAAAAGUGAAGUGGAGGAAGUGUUUACUGUUUACUGUAUGCCAUUUCCUUGGUCUUUUAAUGAAGAAUUUUAUCCUUCUUCAG